AUGGAAAUAUCAGUGGACACACUUCUAGCAGCAGGAGUGCCUCCAGGCGUAAUUGCAAUGCGCACAGCUGAGCUGCAGCAGCAGCAGCAGCAGCAGCAGCAGCAGCAGCAGCAAGGGUUCUUCUCUUUGUGGGGCCGUAAGAAGAGCAGCAAAGUCAGCACGCUCACUAUUUCGGCAGACGACGAAUUCACAAAAGUCCUCCUCAGGACUUGUGGCGAUUCGGCGCUGAGGAAAGAAAUUCAUUUGUUGGCAGAAAACGACAGCACAGAGGUGAGUGUUAAAUAA